GGCGGAGAGCCGCUCUAGGAGGGGAUGGAGCUGCCGCUGGGCUGGGAGUUCGAGGAGGCCGUGUUCUCCCAGAGCAGGGAGCGGGGCGCGGGCGGCGGAGCCGGGCCGCCCUACAGCGCCAAGCGCUGCGAGCCCCGGUGGUUCUGCGGCGAGACGAGCGGCGAGGAGGACGCCGAAGUGCUGACGGCCCAUAAGUUCCGGGCUGACCUGGCCUACAGGGAACGGGAGUUUGAGAAAGCUCUGUGUGAAUACUCAAACUGCUUACAGCACUUGCCUCCCAGUAACAUUGCCAUGAGGCGGGACGUCCAGGAGGGCCAGGCUCGCUGUUUGUCUCAACUAGGAAGGCACAAGGAAGCUCUGGAUAUUGCAGAAAGAAUGAGAAACGGUGCCACAAACACGGAUCACUUAACGACUGUUCUCAACCUGCAGUUUGCCAUUUAUCGGGAUUUGGAAAACGUAGAAAAAAAGAUCGUGUGUCUGCAGCAGCUGAUCUGCUUACAUCCCUUCAACCCUUGGUACUGGAAGUCGCUUGCUGAAGCUUAUAUGGACCUUUUGCAGAGCUUGCCUCCAUUAUGCAUUCCAGAAACAAACCUACAUUGGUCCAAACAGGUUAUUGACAGUAGUUUCAGAAUAUCAGCUGGAGGAGAAAUUAAUCUCCAGCCUCACAGAUCGGACUGCCAGAGGGAAGGCCCUCAGUCCUGCCCAGCUGCAGAAACAAAGAGCGAGAGCGCAGUGACCUGCAGCAGCAGCCGGGCUGUAACAGAAAUGCUCUGCACUUCAGACAACGCUGGAAGGGAGGCUGAAGGGAAACAGGCAGCCUGUGAGUCCUGGGAGACAGACAUGGCAAAGGACGUUGGCGUAAAGGCAUGUGCCUCAUUUGUUAGAGCAAGGCUUUUACUUCAGCUUACUCAACUGCAACAGUCAUCCUUUGCUCUCGAGAAUAACAUAAAAUGUCAGAAAGAAAUUGAUGACAAAGUGGCACAGUUUGGUUUAAAUGAAAACUCCUUGCUGCAGGUGACCAAGGUGAUGGGAGCAGAUCUUAUACCAGAAAAACUAAAAGAGGAAUUUCAGGGUGAGGUAAAAUGCAUAGGCUCUUCAGCACUGUCAUCAUUGGUAAUCGCAUCGGCCUCAGAAUUUGAAAUCAAAUGGUUUGAUAUUCUCCGAGAUGACUUAUGCCACUUGGACAGGCAGUUCUCUUCAGAUAUACACAUCCCACCUCUGGCAACGUAGGGCUGCUAUAUGUAUUGUCCUGGCUUCAGAGGAUUAUGGAAUGAUGCAUGCAAAAAGUUCAUGUUGUAUUUUUUUACAUUUUCUUAUAGAAUGUAUUUUAAGAAAGUAAAUCUCUGCAUUUGAAGUCUUGCUGUCUGAUAGUUUUUUGUUGUUGUUGUUCACAGAUUCGUUUGUAUUCAAAAUAAUGAGAGAUCCAGUAUAAAAUGGAGUUUUCCAGGGUAGCUGUCCAUCAUAAACCUCACGGUGUUCUUGAAGCACCAGUGAUUUUUUGGGGCCUAUGAUGCAGCUCUUCCUUCCUGAUGUCCAGUUAGAAAAUGUCUUGGUUUUGAAUUCUAUGUUGUUGAACUUGGAACCACAAAAUUAGCCAUUUUCUUAAUUAAAAGUGGUAAUAUUUCUAGAUUAAUUAACAUCAUGGUGAUUUUCUUUUCAGAGCUGGAUGGCUGGAUCUUAAAUACAUUUAUGCUGUGAAGUUGUCAAUAGGAAUAACUUCAUGUUUUUGGGAAAAUAUCUAAAUAGUGAAUGUUUAACUUAGGAGUAGAAGGAGAUUUCCUCUAGGCUGAAUGUUUUUGCAGACACAGAACUCGCUACAGCCCGGUCCUCAGUGUGCUUACACAUGGAAAGCCAAAGCAGCCAGGGUUGUUUAUAUGUAGUGAAGAGUGUUCAGUCAGAGCAUAUCCUUUGUAAAACCUUGCAAGGAAGGAAAAACCUCUGCUGUGAAAAUCAGCAGCGUUGUUCCUACAUUGUGCAGAUCCUUACCUGUGCUUUCAGCUCACAAUGCCACCACUUUGCUUUAUGUUCUGAAGCACUGAUGGUACGUGCUUUGGGCAUGCAGAAGGCAGCAAAUAUUUUCUUUCUUUCGUUUGAAACAGUUUACAUUUGAGGCAGAAGUGUGCUCUUGCCCCAUUUGAUCCCA